AUGCGCGCUCUGCUCGGUCUGGCUUUGCGCGUGGCGCUGACCGGCCGCUGCUCCUCCGCUGUGCCGCAGACGUAUGCGGCGCGCCGACCUCUGACGAUGACCGCCCGUCGGCCGAGCACCGUGCGCCACCUGACCCAGCAGGAGGCCACGGCCGUUGACCAGGAGCUCUUCAACGAGUACCAGUUCUCGGUGGACCAGCUGAUGGAGCUGGCCGGUCUCAGCUGCGCCACGGCCGUGGCCCGCCACUACCCGCCGGCGCGCGCCGCGCCGGCGCCGCGCGUGCUCGUCGUGUGCGGGCCGGGGAAUAACGGCGGCGACGGCCUGGUGUGCGCCCGCCACCUGCGGCUGUUCGGGUUCGCGCCGACCGUGCUGUACCCGGUGCAGAAGGAGGUGCCGCUGUACUCGCGGCUGGCGCACCAGUGCCGGCGGGACGGCGUUCAGGUACUGGACGCCCCGCCGGCGGAUGUCGCCGACUUCCAGAUCAUGGUGGACGCCCUGUUCGGAUUCAGCUUCCGGCCGCCGGUGCGCGACACUCUGGCGCCGGCGCUGCGGGUGCUGGCGGAGGCCAAAGUACCCGUCUGUAGCGUGGACGUGCCGUCCGGCUGGCACGUCGAGAACGGCCCGGACGGCCCCGAGGCACUCCGCCCCGCGCUGCUCGUCUCCCUGACGGCGCCCAAAGUGUGCGCCAAACACUUCAGCGGCGCGCACUACCUGGGUGGCCGCUUCGUGCCGACGGCGCUGGCCGAGAAGUACGACAUGCGGCUGCCCGAGUACCCCGGCACCGACUGUGUGGUGAGGCUGGACGGCGCCGGCGACCCCGCUGCCUAA